GCGCUUUGUAACAGCUGGCGGCAGCAGUGUCUGUGUGUCACCGAGUCUCUCUUCCGGGGCUACCGUAGAAGAAGAAGAAAUGACCAGGAAGUUCAAGCCGUCGGUCGUUCCUGUGGAUCGUGAUCGAUAUGAGAUGUUUUUAAUGUCUGGGAGAGGAAGUUUCCGCUCUAACAUGUUGUCUUGAACUGCGGAUUUUUACGAAACACCUAGUUUCAGGAAAUGCCUUUGUUAAUUCAGAAAAGAGGGUUAGACCGCUUGAACUCCACAGCGGAACUGUUCGACAAACAUCCCCAUUUACAGGAUAGUGCAAGAGCAUUUCGCUCGAGGCCACUUGUUGAUGUCGACCCGAAAUGCCUCCUGUAUGUCCAACAGCGAGAGUUUGCUGCAACGACCCCAGCAGACGAUCAUGUUUCGGUCCUUGGAUCUGACGACGCCACCACCUGCCAUUUGGUUGUUCUGCGACACACUGGAAGUGGAGCUGUCUGCCUCGCUCACUGUGAUGGUUCCAGCACUUGGUCUGAAAUCCCACACCUGGUGAAGUCCGUCACGUCGCUGAGUAAAGUCAGUAAGGAGGGCAGACUUGAGCUCCACCUUAUUGGGGGAUUCAACGAUGAGUCAAAGACAUCCCAUAAUCUCAGCCUUAACAUACUGGCAGCGUUUCAUAAACAGAAAGAGGAUAUUCAUCUGGAAACAUGUUGCAUCACAGAAAUGAACGAUGUUGUUGUUGAUGGGACUCAUAGACCGAUAGUGUAUGGAAUAGGUGUAAAUGUUAAAACAGGGGAUCUUUUCCCUUCAUCAUUCACUCACAAAGGACCUGCAGAGGAGCUGCGAUCAGCCCGGACCUUCACUGGAGGACAGAUGGCUGAAUUAUAUGACUCAAGUCGGGGACGUGUAAAAAUUGGCCCCUGCGAGUGGUCUUCAAAUCUGGAUAUUGCCUUCUGGUUGUCUCAAAAUGACGACACAAUUUUAAAGUACCUGUCCACUUCUCCGAUGGCCGAACCGCCGCACUUCGUCCAGCACAUGAAGUCCACCAUCAAGUUCCUUUUAGAGCAUCCCGACUCCGAUAGCCUGUUUCCUGGUGGUCAGCCGCAGCUCUACCACAGGACUGAGGCGGGGGACUGGGAGAGUGCUGUCCAGUCAUAGAGGCCUACUCCCAUUUUCACCCUGAGCCUCUAACAUGAAAUCUGACAAUUUGUUUUGCCUCUUGGUGCAUUGGAUACACUGUGACUCUUCCACCCUCUAUCCAUUUUUUUAUUCAUCGUGUCUUAUCAAGAUGGUGACCCCAGGCAGGACCGUAUGUCUGCUGAUUGGCUGUCCUGACUUAUCUGGCUGGUCCGGGAAAGGAGAAGAAUAAGUGAUUCUGUUGAUGCCUGUUAAAAAGUAAACUUCCAAUCUUGUGAGGUAGUUUAAAGUCUGCACCUUACAUCCCUGCUGUGUUGCAGGGUGUAAAGGUCCAUGUCAAUCAAUCUAUGCCUGCUCAUCAUGUUGAUUUUGUCUGUUUUUUUCUCAGCCUAAAAACUACGAAUGCUGAACGGUGUUCCAAAGUAUAAGUUUUCGUUUAUACUAGUACAGGACAGCCUUGAAAAGUGAUGGCCUUUAUAUUACUGUUACUAUGGGCAGAAAAAGGGUUGGCCCAAAGCAGACGUGGGAGUUGUGAAUAGGAUCAGAGGAUUAUAUAAACUGUACUAUGAGGAUUAUUUUGCAUUCAAACAGUUGCUUUUCAGCUGUUGACAUUUCCCACACGUACCUGAAUGCACCAACAAAGAUUGUAUUCGUGUAACUGUCAGAAAGAAGAAGACAAAGCCAAUGUUUAUUGAGAAUACUGCGAGUUUCAAGCACUUAUAUUUACAAAAUUUAAAAUGAAAUAUACAAUUAGGUGCAAUUUCCAUUAAAAGAUUAUACUUUGGAAAUAAAGACACGAUUUGUAGUUAAUAGGCUGAGACAUGUACAUAAAAACAUCUGUGUGGCCCUUUAAAUCUAGCGCUUGACCUGCUGCUAAAGAGUAUUUACAGGUGAUUUAAUUGCAGCAUGAACAAUUAAAAAAUAAAAAUCAUUUUGGCACAGA